UGCCUGUGCUGGAUUGUUCUGGGAACCUCUGCUGAACUGGCACACGCACAAAACCGAUGCAUGAGAAGGCGGGGCCCAUGCACAGUCCGGACAAGCCAGAGGCACCGCAGAAGGAAAAGGGCUUGGAUUCUCCAAACGGCAGCCUGCACUUGAGUGACGCUGUCAAGGAGGAGGACCUCAAGAAGUGUCACCGGGAAGUGGCGCCAAAUAAGUACAAUUCCCAGUACCACAAGUUAUUCAAGGAUAUCCCCACGGAGGAGAGCGUGCUGAAAGUCUGCUCCUGCGCCCUCCAGAGAGACAUUCUCAUCCAAGGCCGGCUCUACAUUUCCCCCAACUGGCUCUGUUUCUAUGCAAACCUUUUUGGAAAAGAUAUCAAGGUGGUUAUUCCCGUCGUCUCUGUCCAGCUGAUAAAAAAACACAAAACAGCUCGGCUGCUGCCCAAUGGACUGGCUAUCACCACCAACGCGAGCAGAAAGUACAUCUUUGUGUCCCUGAUCUCAAGAGACAGUGUGUAUGAUGUGCUGCGGAGAGUCUGCACCCACCUGCAGGUCUCGAGCAAGAAGAGUUUGAGCUUGAAAGAGCUGACGGAAGAGCCGGAUGCAGUGUCGCUGGAGGUGAUCGUCCCUGAAGUGAAGUGGAGGAAGGGGUCCCCAGCCUCACUGUCGCUGGCCCUCCCAGAUGCAGGCUUCCAGUGCAUCCACCGGGCUUCCAUCAGCAGCCUCAGCACUAAGGAGAGUUCGUGCAACUCAGAGGAGCCUCUGAUAUCAGAGAGUGCAAUAAACACUGAAGAGGAGGAGCUGGAGGCGGAGCAAAGCUGCAAAGCCGAGUUGAGGCCUUCCGACUACCAGUUGCUGAAAGUCUUCAUUGUGUUGAUCUGCCUCCUGGUGGUGUCCUCCUCCUACCUGGCAUUCCGCAUCUUCCGCUUGGAACAGCAGCUCUGCUCUUUGAACCGGGACUAUCUCUCCCGCGUGCCCCGCAGGUGACUGUGGUUCCGUGAGGGGUGGUGAUGGAGGAAAGAGGGCCUUGGGGCUCAGAUUCUUGCCCAGCCCCACUAGCUGACCUGGCUGCAGAGAGCACAGGGCGAGUGGAUGUCGUCCUCGUCCGCAUCACUCCUGGACCAAAGCUCUCCGUUUCCAGCUGUCAGACUUGGAAGUCUGAGUCCCUGCCGUUUAGCCUGUCAUGCCGACUCUGCAGCAACUUCUUCCAGACCGCAAUGGCGCUUGCAAUUGUUGCCAAGAGCUAGGCUAUGCAGGGAUGGUGGCCCCUAGUUAGGUCCUUCAAGGCCUUUUCCGCUACUGAAGACGUGGGAGCAGCUUGCGUUCUGGAGCGGAAUGUUCAGCGCUUCUUUUCAGGUGCCCACAGGUGUUCCAGAACAGCAGUAUCUUCCUGGGGCCCAGGCCUACGUGACUCCCGUUCCAGAGCGGUAGCUGCAUUCUCUUCCAGGGGCCCUUCCUGUCCAGACUGCCGUCUCUUCUCACCACCUGAUUUAUCAACAGAAAAAAACACAAAUCCUGGAUCUUUGGGUGCAAAAUGUCAAAUGCACGAGGCGCGUUUUUGCCGAGGACGGAGGCGCCAGCUGGGACCUGUCCCUUCUCCUCCCUGCCCGGCAGAAUGAAGUCACUUCCAUCGGGAACAAUUUUCUUGCACUAACAGGAUUCCCAUUCCCCACUUGGUGCAAGACUAAGAAAUGACUGUUACGUGCUCGCAAAAUUACCAUUGUUUCAGAAACGUUUGAUGUGGGGGUCCCGGGAGCUGCCAGGCGGGCCUGAGCUCUCGUGCGCCGGGACCUGCUGCACCAUGAGCUCCCCGAAGCACUCUGGAUCGAAACCUUCUCCCAAGCAGACGUUACAACUGCCUGUCCACAGCACUUUUCGUGGGUCUGGUCCAGUCAUCCUCAAGGGCUGUGCAGCUCGGCACUAGGUUCCAAAAACCGAGGAUGCAGGGAGGAUGCAAACUGAUCGAUGUCAGACAUUUUAUUCCAGGAAGGUGCCAAUGCAGCGGCGCUUCUAGAUGAAGGCGAUACGGGAGAAAGAAAGCGAGCGAGACAGGCAGUGAGGCCCGGUUUCUGUGAGCUGGACAGCAUUCUGAGUGGUGUCAAGAGCUGGGAGAAUCCUCCCACCUGCAGGAUCCACUUGUCCGCUGCACCCCUACUGGAGGGUCCUUGGGCAAUCACCAACAGCCGGCUUUUGAGGGAGGCUCCUAAAAUUGCUGCUGCGCUGGAUGGAUUAGAGCGCAAGUGCAGGGAACUUCCACCGCAAAAUGAGUCUGCUGGCUGAGUGAGAGAUAUGGCACGGAAGAGUGGGUGAUAUCUGCACACGAGAGCCCCAGCCGGGGAAGAAAAAAGACUGCGUUCACAAGCCAAUACCCGUAAGCAGUGCUGUGGAGAACUAAGGCAUCUGAACAAAUGGUCUUAAGGCCUGACUGAAAGGGGGGGGGGCAUGGUCCAUUGGUAGAGCGCGUAGUUUGCACUUAGAAGGCCCCAGCUUCAAUUCUGGCCCUUCCUCUCAAAGGAUCUCAGGUUGCUGGUGUGGGGAAGAUGUAUCUUUGCCCGAGACCUUGGAGAGCUGCUGCCAGUCAGGGUAGACAAUCUCAGACUAUAAGGACCUGUUGACUGACUCAGUAAGUCAGUUUUGUGUGUCCGUUUAUGGUCACGGGCCCUCCAGCGGACAGCAGACACCUCCUCGCAUCCUUGUCCGUCAUCUUGGGAUCAGCCCUUUGUGGGACAACCCAACCCAGGCUGGGGGGCAGGGCUCGGGCUCUGGGGUGCUGGAGGGCUGCUGGGUGGGAUCCAGUGAUU